CACUUUCCCCAUAGCAUUCCUGUUGAAGGCAACAGUUUUAAGAAAGCUAUUUGCAUAACUGCCAGGUCAUUCUUAGCUACAGUAUAAGUGGGUGUGAAGAAGAAGGAUAACAACAACAAGUCAAAGUGUUUGUCUACUUCACCAAUAGAGCAAUGACUAACCAAGAAUGGAUUAGGAUUUUUCAGUCAAAGGUCAAUAAUCUGAAGAGGAAUAAGAGCGACCGCUGGCGUAUCGAGUUUGAUGAUUCCAUUAAGGCAGACAGUGUGAAAUCAGGCUGGCAUCAGUACAUCAGUGGGGCAUUUGGAAGGUUCAGGUGCUCCAAGUGUAACAGAAGUUGGUCCUCUGGCCGGGUGAAUGUGGUGUUUCACAUGCAUCUAUCGUCAGGGCAGGGAAUGGUGAAAGUGCGAUGCUUGCGUCAAGAAUGCAGGCAAUGUGACGGCGCUCUUAUGGAGGAGGCCAGUUUCGAUAAGGAGAAACUCGAAGUCCUACUGGAGAAACUGAUGGAGAAGAUUCGUGUCAAGUGCUACCACGAGAACUUGGGCAAGAGAAACAGACGUCAUUUUGAUGACGAAGAUGAUGAAGGUCCCCCCCAUGAGAGUGCCCAUUGUGAAGCCUGCAGUAUUGGCCUUUGCACAAAGCGUUUCAAAGCCCGGUAGAAUAUGGUAGAAUUAGACUGGUAUACGCCCUAAUACACUUUUGAUAAUAUUUCUCUUUGUUUACUUGUCUAUAUCUAGUGGUCAUUGGGUACACCCUAAUGUCUGAUUGCUAAAGCUAUUUGUUGAUUAAAUGAAUGCAGUGAGACACUGGUGGAACUGGUGUAAGAUAGGUGUGGCUGCACAGGGCACAACAAAAGUGGAAUAAGAGCCUCAGCAACGUGAGGCUCGAGAGGUAGAGAAGGUUCCUCAGCUAUGUGAGGUUAGAGAGGUAGAGAAGGUUCCUCAGCUAUGUGAGGUUCGAGAGGUAGAGAAGGUUCCUCUACAAUGUGAGGUCAGAGAGAUAGAGAAGGUUCCUCAGCUAUGUGAGGUUCGAGAGGUAGAGAAGGUUCCCCUACAAUGUGAGGUUAGAGAGGUAGAGAAGGUUCCUCAGCUAUGUGAGGUUCGAGAGGUAGAGAAGGUUCCUCUACAAUGUGAGGUUAGAGAGGUAGAGAAGGUUCCUCAGCUAUGUGAGGUUAGAGAGGUAGAGAAGGUUCCUCUACAAUGUGAGGUCAGAGAGGUAGAGAAGGUUCCUCAGCUAUGUGAGGUUAGAGAGGUAGAGAAGGUUUCUCAGCUAUGUGAGGUUAGAGAGGUAGAGAAGGUUUCUCAGCAAUGUGAGGUUAGAGAGGUAGAGAAGGUUCCUCAGCUAUCUGAGGUUAGAGGUAGAGAAGGUUCCUCAGCUAUCUGAGGUUAGAGAGGUAGAGAAGGGUCCUCAGCUAUGUGAGGUUAGAGAGGUAGAGAAGGUUCCUCAGCUAUAUGAGGUUAGGGGAGGUAGAGAAGGUUCCUCAGCUAUGUGUGGUUAGAGAGGUAGAGAAGGUUCCUCAGCUAUGUGAUUCCUUUGAAGAAGAAAUGGAUUGCCUGUAUUUUGCAGCUUUUCCAGUGUGUGUACAAACAAAGCUUUAUUACUGUCAUUGAAUUAUUCUGCUGGUACACCAACAAUACUGUUGGGUCUGUGUAUUUCCUGUCUUACACCACAGUGUGUCUAUUUGUAAUUGUAAUCCAAUCUAAUGAAGGCGAAACAAGUUUUAUUGCACAAGACAUUUGUUGAUGAUGGGGUGUGAUAUUAGGCGUGAACUACUACAAGAAUAAUGUUCUCUCAGUGUGCAAGACACAACAUGUCACUCUUUUGUAUUCUUACAUGGAUGUUUAUUACCCAGAACCAAAAUAAACAAACCACAUAGCUGAGGUAACAGUGACAGGCCUGCACUGGCCACAACAUCCCCCUUUGUCAAAGACAAUGCAAAUACACACAAUACAAAUAAAAUGCCUUUAUGAACUCA